UUGACAAGGUCAUCGAUAGGAAGAAGAAUGAGUGUGUACGAGCCAACUGUGAGCAGUUUAAAAGAAUAUGGGGUCCCGCGGAAGUGGAAUAUGGGGUCUCGGCGUCGAGACCAAGUGCUCGCCAUUUGCGGUGUCACAUUCGGUGUGUUGGCUCUCAUGUUUGUUGCCAUUGGUGCGACCCGGAACUGGUUCCAGCCCUCGACCAAAGGACCCUCAACUCCACUAGCAAGUUCCGCUGAUGCCCAAGUGGAAGUCCCAGCACAAGAUUCGUCAUUAACAUGGGGCUUUCCUGUAGAAAAAAGCGAUGCCCAGAUCCAGGGUGUGUUUAAAAUGUUUGACGAAAGCGACGUUGAGUCAAUUGAGAGUCGCGUGUCCGGUGUGGACAAAGUGCGGAGGAAGCGUGAAAGCAGCUCCGCGUUGAUCGCUUGCGGCGCUGCUUUGUUGUUCGUGUCGAUAGUUCUAGUUAUGUACGCAUUUCAUUCGCGAGGACACGACUUUUGUGGUGGAUUCCUGAGACGAGGGUCGAGAGUGAAGGACAAUCGAGUUGGUUCCAUAUCUUGGAAUGUCGACGCUAAGGCUUCCGAUAGAUUUGGGGAAUCACCGGUGUCCGUCACAGCCACCCGACUGACGAAUUCAGAAGCCACGAUCAACAUUUCGACAAGGGAUUCGAUUUUGCAGGAAGAAACGAGACGAAAUCGUUGCUACAUAACGUGUAGUGGAGAUUGGAGCAUAGUCUCAUUGAUUCUAAUUAUGAUACGAAGAACGUUAAUCCUUUUCGCGACUUUCUUGGUGAUCAUUACCGUAUCAGUGGCUGCUGAUGAAGCCGGUUUCCUGGAUGAGCCGAUUGUCGUCGCACUCAAUCUUGGCGAUGAGUCAAAUAUUGGCGAAGAGGAGCCACGAUCGCCUGAAGUUGAACUUGCGGUAGAAGAAAAUGCCGACUCUUCAUCGCAAGAAAGUGAAGACGAGCAGCCGCCAAACUUCUGGGAUUUCGCAGCUGAUCAGGCCCAAAAAUCCGAUAAUCCUGAUCCGGUCAUAAUCAAGGGACACCCUUUGGCUCGCCUUACUCCACUCCUGAGAACCAAUUCUGCUGAUGGUCACGAAGAUUGGCGGAAUCCAGGCAGGAAUGACAAAAAUGACAAAGAUAAAAAUUUAGUCGAUGAUAGCAAUCUGGUGCAUUUCAUUGAUGGAGAUGACACUGCAGCUGGAGAAUCGGUUGAAGAAGAAGACACAGAUACUGCUGAUGACGGUAUGAAAGUAGCAGAUCAAGAGCUCGCCAGGGUUCCGAUCCCAUCAGCUUUCCAGCGCCCGGAAUCCGCUUCGGACAUGUUCCACUGCGUGGAAAUUUCCAGUCUCUACUUCGAAGCUGUUGCCAAUCCCUCGUACGUGUACUUCUCCGACGAUCGCCGGAACCGGAUGGACUUUCUGAUCUACGAAAUGAGCAAGCAAGUGCCGACUUUCGACAUGAGUCGACACCUGGCCGUGCACUGGGUGUACACCAGUGACGACGGCGAAGAAUGCGAGAUGCCGGACCCGGCCUUCAGCGGGGAAUUCCUGGCCACGGAAGCCUUUGCGUGUAGCCAAGACAAGAAUUUCGAGAUCGUGACGCAUCCGGUGGCGAAUGAACGCGUGUUGAGCACAUCGCUGCAGCUGGACGACGAGGACCUGCUGAAUUUCCUGCCCGGGAAAUUCUCUCUGCGACUCUAUUUCAGGCAAAUAUUCUGA